GUGUAUAUGAGUACUCUGUACCUGAACCAGAUGGGGGAGCUCGAGAGGGCCCGCAUCAAGCAAUUGCCAUCGGAUGCCUUCUACAUUGCCGACUUCAUCUCGGAGGUGGAGGAAGCCCUUUUGCUCCAGAAGAUCGGUACCGCUCCCCUACCGCGCUGGACGCAUCUCGCACAUCGUCGCCUUCAAACCUGGCCAUCUGCUUUGACCAAGACCAACACCCUCGUUGCCUCUCCGCUUCCCUCUUGGCUCGUCUCACCCAUAGUGACCCCGCGCUUCGAUGCCCUCAACAUCUUCCAAGUUGCCCCGCACGGCGCCCCGAACCAUGUCCUGGUGAACGAGUACUGUCCCGGACAAGGGAUCAUGCCUCAUGAAGACGGCGCAGCAUAUUACCCGCUCGUGGCUACUGUGAGCCUCGGAGCGCCGAUUGUGCUGGAUCUGUAUGACAAGCCCACGGCCGACGCUAAAGAUGGCUUGGAUCGCCAACCAAAAUAUCGCAUCCUGCAAGAGCGACGUAGUCUGCUGGUCACCACGGACAGGGUCUACACGGACUUCCUGCAUGGGAUUGCGGAAACCGACAGGGACAAGCAACUCAGUGCCGGUUCCAUCUGCAAUUGGGGCUUGCUGAGGGAGCCCGAACGGUACGAAUGUGGCUGGUCUCAGAGAGGAACUAGGAUCAGUCUAACUUAUCGUGACGUGCUCAAGGUCGCGAAGCUGGGAAGCACAAUGAAAUUCUUGAAUAGACGAUAGUUCGGGUUGCAGACAACUUCGAC